UACUCCAAUACUAUUAAAACGGGGGCUAUAGUUUUUGAGCACCUCAUGUUAGAUUGUGUCAAAAAAUAAAGCACCACAUGUUCUAUUUUGUACAGAUUUAUUUACUAUACUUUAUUCUUUUCAAAGAGUAUUUAAAUAAGGUGUUACAUAGUUUUAUUCUCAAUACAAUUUCAAAGGGUCUUCAAAGAAAAUUUUACAAACCAGCAACUUUUUUUUCAUGUCCUUGUUAACUGUGGCUCAUCAAAGAGGUUCAGGUGAGUUCACCGGGUACACGGUGAAGCGCGAAGGCGACGAUCACGAAGGUGGUAGCGACGACGGUGGAAGUUCUAAUGCAUCACAGUUGGAUUUCAACCAAAUGUUUUCAGGGUAUAAUGGUGAUAGAGAGUUAUCAGAAAUGGUUUCAGCUCUAACACAUGUUGCAUCAUCAGGGUCAAAUCAAAUGAGUAGUAAUGAAUGGAUUCAAAGGAGUGAUUUUCCUUUGAUAUCAAGUUUUGGAAAUGCUUCAUCUUCUUCUUCUUAUGCUUCAAGUUCAUGGAGUGGUCAAAAAAGAGGGCGUGAUGAAGAAAGUAGUGGUUCUAAUCAGUAUAUAACUCAAGCUGUUGUUCCUCCUAGACUCUUUAGAACUGUUAUGGUACCUUCUCAAGAAUCAUCCUCAUUAUCAUCAGUGACCGAAGAAGCUCGAACAAGUACUACCAUAGCCACCUCGGCAGCGUCAGCCGCGUCAUUCGAAGACUCCGGCGAGCAAAGGAGACGAUACAGAGGAGUGAGACAAAGACCAUGGGGAAAAUGGGCAGCAGAAAUAAGAGAUCCACACAAAGCACAAAGAGUAUGGCUAGGAACAUUCGACACAGCAGAAGCUGCAGCUAGGGCUUAUGAUGAAGCUGCAUUGAGAUUCAGAGGAAGCAGAGCAAAACUCAACUUCCCUGAAAAUGUUAGAUCAAUUAUGCCGCCGCCACCGCAACAACAACCACAACUUCAGUCUUUUCCGGCCACUGCGGUUCCUUCUGGAACACCGCAGCGGCCGGUUCAAGGAACCUCUGACAUGAUCAGAGACUAUUUGGAAUAUUCUCAUAUUCUUCAAAGCUCUGGUGAUUUUCAACUACAACAAAUGCAGCAGCAACAACAAUUACAAGCUUCUAAUUUGGUUCAACAAUGGUAUUAUAAUUCACAAAUGGCUGCACUACAAUCACAUUCAUUGUUAUCAUCUUCAUCACUUUCUAUGAAUUCUAAUAUGUUACCAUCAACUCCUUCAUUUUCACCUUCCACUCAACUUUCAUCCUCCUCUGCUUCUUUUCCCCUGUUUUCUAGUCAACAAAUGGGAUUUUUCCGGCCGCCAGAAAACCGACCGCCUGGUGGUAGCCGUGGUGGUGGAACAGAGUUACCACCGUCGACGUGGUCAGAUACUAGUGGCCAUCCGCCACCACCUUAUGGUUGAUACGAAGAUAUUAAAUGUUGGACACCAUAGUAUUAAAUAUCGGACAUCAGACACACUUUCGAUCAGAAACGUCGGUGUUAAUGCGGUUGUGAGGAUAGUCAUAACUUGAUUCAUUCCAAUUCUUGAUAUUACAAAAAAGAAAAUAAUAAUAAAAAGAUGUCAAAAUAUAUUUAGAGAGAUAUAUCAAAGCCAUUUAAAAUUAUCGUUCACUCAAUAGUUAAGUUUCCUUCAUUUUUUUUUUUUCUCCUAUACAUAUGUAGGAAAAAAAUGAAAGAAAAGAAAGGCAUUGGUAUUUGUUUAUUUUUGUAUUAUUUCAUUAAGAUGAUAGAAAUUUACUUGAACAGUUA